ACAGCGUCUCAAGCGGUGUUGGCGUAUCUUACCAAACAGAACCGACCUUACAGUGCAAGUAAGAAAAAUCAAACUGAAAUAUGAUUAUCUUGCCUCCAGUAUAUUAGAUAACGCUACUUUUCCUCCGUUUUAUACAUAAAUAAAGACUCCAGAUUUCAUUAUCAUUGUUACUAAAGCUUAUCUACCUAUGUAUGUUUUUUUGCAGUUGAUAUUUUCUCGAAUCUGCACAAAGAGUAUGGAAAAACGGUAAAUAUACGCACUUUUGAAAUUCUAUUUCUGUGUUGUGAUUCUUUCAUUCUUUAACAGAGAUCAAAGGAUUGCAAAUAAGAUUUUCCCCUCUAUUUCCUUCAAAACAACUGCCAUAAAAUACAAUAUAUACAAACACCCACACAUAGUGUGUGAAUGAAAGUCCUGCACUCAAUUUAUUUCUGAUAAAUUGAAAAUCAUUGUGUUGCUUCUUUUGAUAGGCAGUACAAAGGAGUUUAGAAAAACUUGCUAGUGAAGGCACUAUCACUGAGAAGAUUAAUGGGAAGCAGAAGGCAUAUGCACCUAAACAGGUGAUUACGGUAGUACCUUUGGAUCAAUAUCAGCAUCUGGGCAACUGCCCACCUACCCCUCCCCGAACCCAACAUUAACCUUAAGUUGUUGUCAAUUGACUGUUUUUGAGUUCAGGGAGGGGUAGGUGGGCAGUUGCCCAGAUCCUGAUAUUGAUCCGUGCCUUUUACCUGAAAGACUUACAAAAAUUAUAAAUAAUUGUUUUUCUGAUUAUACAAAAUGGUUGCUUUUUGCUUUUUUUCCUGGUUUCCUAAGGAGCCAAAAAACCAACCAUAUGACAUGUUUUGUCUUUAUUAAUGCUAUCAUAGUAAGUAAAUUGAUUUAGUUAGUAACAUUUUCAAAAUCAUUAUUUGGUUAUCUGCAGGACCAGUUUGGAGACUAUGAUGAAAAUGAGAUCAAGAAAAUUGAUUCACAAAUCAGUGCAUGCUCAGAGAAAUUGAAGAAGUUACAAGAAACAUUGAAAACUCAAGAGUCAGGUAAUGAUAAUUGCAUAAGUUUUCUUAAUUUGCCAUGGUGUAGCAUAUUUAAAAUAAACCCUUUGCAGACUAAACAGAGGGUGAUAAGAGGUCUUAAAAGUGGAAGUAGACUACCAGUAAGUGGCUUUUAUCGCAACCCCUGAUAUUCAUGAAAAAUAACAAAUGACAAUGAUUAUCAAGGAUGGUGCAAUAGUUGUUGAAAUUUAAAGGGGCUGUGUCAUGUCACUAUGGUUUCCUGGGAAAGGCAAUUACAGAAACAUUCUGUCUAGGUGUCACAAUCAAAGCUUCAGACAAGGAUAUAUUUCUUGUGAGCUUUCAAUAAAACUAACUGUUAAGCUUAGCUGUUCAACCUCCAAUUCAAAUGGGUGAUAACCUUCUUCAAUUUUGUCCAUUUGUGUCUUCCUUCAUGUUUCCUACAUGUUGGCUAAUUAUUCAAAAGGUGAGAAUUGUAGGCAGCAUUUUGUAUGAUAUAUUUUGCUUAUGCUUUACUGUGAUUUUUAGGGCAUGUAUCAAAUAUGUCAUUCUUAACCCUAUAUGAUUUUAGAGCUGCGCAAUGUUAACAGUACACUUACAACCAAAGAUGCCAAGGCCAAACUAUCAGAGCUGACUCAAAAGGUAUUAAUUUACAUGCUGCAGUCAAAGCUGAAUGCAUAACUUGUAUGCUACAAUGUAUCUGAUUAUAGUUAUACAUCUAUUUAAUGGUAUUUAUUUACUACAAUAUUUGUUAUUUUAAGGUGAUUUUUUUCGUCAUUUACUGCUUUUGUUUUUGUCAAUGACUGAUUCUCUUCUCUUUAUAAAUAGUGAGAGGAAGAAAUGGUGUUUGAACCGAUACAUGUUUGUCUCAGGAUGAGGUCUCUGUCAAGACUGAACUAGAUUCACUGUCACAUUCUAUCCUGCCUAGGAGCAGUAGUAUUGGAAUAGAAUACAAAAUUUAAAGUUCCCUUCCCUUUUUUCCUUUUGCAGUGUGACAAAUACCAGGAAAGACUCAAGAGUAUUAAGUCUAGUGAGUUUACUUUUUCUAAUUACAUGCAGGUGCAUGAUAAUGAGUUUUUUGCAUCCAGAUAAUUCAAAACUUUUUAAUACCUUUUCCUUUUUCAGCAACAAAGCAUGUUACUCCAGAGGAAAAAGAUAAGGUAAUACUUCUUAGAUCCUUAAAGUUGUUUGCAGCUUUUUUUUUUUUUUUUUUUUUUUUUUUUUUUACAUGAGAGCAUUUUUCUUUCACUUCUGUUUUUACUCUGUGAUAUCCUGUUCUUUAAAAAAGAUCUAUAAGGAUCACAAGCAGUAUGUCCAGAUGUGGAAAAAGAGGAAGCGAUUGGUAUGA